AUGGAAGUUGUUAGUUUGACUGGCACUAUUGGACAUGACGAGAAAUCGAAUCCCAGGGGCCUAAUACCUGUGCGUGAUAAAUUGCAAUGUAUUGCCGCGUACCAGCUAAAUUACUUGGGGCACUGCACAGCAGUUGUAUAUAUUGCUAAUCGUGAAUCAAAUGCCUGGUCAUAUAACGUAUUAAGAAAAAAAAUAAACAAAACACUUCAGCUGAAAAACGAAGAGAGGUUUCUAGAAAGAAGAAGACAGAGGGAAAUCAAAGAUCAGAGAAUAUCUAUCCUUGAUAAAUAUCAAAGAGACACGGAAACUUUGGAUGAUAUUCUGCACUACAGAGUUAUAAAAAAGCGGUCGAAAAAAUGGCGGAAGAUAAAAGAAAUCGAAAAUGAUUUCCGCCGUUUAAUUGCUAUGGAAGGCGCGAAAUAUAAUUUUAAACGGGAUAUGUUUUGGCGUACUUGGAGGAAGGUGUUGUCUGAAGACGGUGUGGAGAAGCUAGUAUGUUAUAAGUGUAAUAAUCCUAUCGUUGUUAAUUCAACGGAAUGUCAGAGCUGUGGGCUGUGGACAAUCGAAGAUCAACCUUCACCAUGUCCUUACGAGUUCUUCUCGGUAAUCGACGAGCACACGUUAUGCGGGGCCAACUACACCAAGUUUAAAGACAUAUACAAUGAUUGCCCGUCUGUCAUAACGUUCUCUGAAAUGCAAAGCUCGUGUGACAAUCCUAUUGAGACGGCUUGGCGGUUCAGUAAGCUGUACGGUACGUCGGGCGAGUAUGAUAAUAUUAUUUGUCAAGGCAAGGAUUACUGUGAAAUUUUUACUAUGUACGAGAUAACACCACAACACGUAUCCUUCAGAAUAAUAAACUCGACGAACGACGUAAUUUACUCACGAAUCAUGAAACCAAACAGAACAAACUUCUUUUGCGUUGACGACUGCGGCCAUUUUAAUUCAUACACGAAAAAAAUCACCAAAAACGAUCGGCCGUUAAAAUUAGACUUGCUUUCGUCGAGAAUAAACAAAAGGGAGGAUGUUUUGAAUAGAUUGAAUGAAACAAUCCAAAAAAUUCUCUUUGAUAUACAUACUGCCGAAGACGAAAGAAAGGCGGCAACUGAAACGUCAAUGUCAAAAGUUGGCGCCAAAAGGCAGAGAAUUUUCAAAAAGAAGUUGAAAUCUAAAUUGCGGAAAAGACAGCAAAAUAACUUGGAUUUUAUUGAGAAACCGGUACAUAAUUAUUCAGUUUCGUUAGACGGUACUUUGCCAAAGCCAACUCCAGUCUCGGCUUGUAAAAAGAUUGAGAACAAAUAUCAUAUUUCUUCUGAAGCUUUAGACGAAGACCAUUUGUUUUAAUUUAUACCCUGAUCGUUUAGUUUACAUAGAAUUUAAAUACUUAUAUAAUUUGUACGAUUGUGAGGAAAGCGUGCGAUGAAUGUUGUAUUUAAAACGCUAAAAUUCGAAUGCAACGUGACAGGAAGGAAAGAGUAAACAACGCUGGCGGUGAAAUUGCUGUGACGUCAUCGAAAAAAAAUAAUGUAACAGAAAUCAUUAAGAAUGUUCUGAUGGCUUUUGGCUUAAAUGAUGCAAACGGAUAACUAACGGGGAUUUAUCGGAAUCGCGCGACUAGUUUAACUCGCCCAUUGCCGUGUAAGCUCAUGAUUAAGGACUCCAGAUGGGUCUGAAACUAGUCAGGCAAUUCCGAUAAUUACGGUUGGGUUCCGUAAACACCGUUGUGUUAUUUAGUAUGAAUGUCUUAUAGAAUAUUGUAAAAUAAAACGAAAGACCACAAUUUAAAAAUUAUAUAUUUUCAUCAUAAAACUAGGUUUAACAAUUAGUUUUGAGUAGAACUUAAAUAUAACUAAAUUAAGGCACAAUGGAGUCUAAACAUCUAAAUAUAACAUGCAUUUUUUAUAAAAAUAUAAUUUGUAUUUUGUAAUUUUUAACAUGCGUUUUUAUUUAACCCUAAUUAUAAUUUAUACCUCUAUGUAUUGAAGUUAUUUAACCCAGAGGGCAAUGAGCAUUUAAUUUUUCAGAAUAUACCAAAUUGAAU